GAAAAAGGGAAAAAGUCUGAAAGGAUCGUUCUUUUUUGGUAUAGAAAAAGAGGUGAGUCCAAGUCUAAAAUGUCUAAUUGUCUGGGCCUAUUUAUAGAACCCAUGACCAUGAGACCACCACCUUCCUCGACCACCUCUGCAGCUCUGCUAUGAAAAGAAACCAUGUUUCUUUCUCUCCCACAUUCCAAUUCCAUCUCUGUUUUCAUCCUAGAUAUUUUUUGAGUGAAUCAGAGGAGAGAAACCAAAAAUGAGGAAUCGAUCCUCAAAGCAAGGGAUGAAAGGAGGAUCAGAAAUGGAGAUGGAUGAGAAGAAAGAAGGACCUCACCUCUCUGGUGCUUACAUCCGUAGUCUUGUCAAACAACUAAGUUCCUCCAGAACCAAAGACCCUUCCAACCAUAAACCCACCACCACAGUUGCUGGAGAUUGUGAUGAUGGGUUCCAUCUUAGCGAAGUUUUGGGUGAGACCCAACAACCAAAUCAAAACCAACAACAACCACAACCUCAACAACCCAAGAAACAGGUGAGGAGAAGACUCCAUACUAGUAGGCCUUACCAAGAAAGGCUUCUAAAUAUGGCUGAGGCAAGGAGAGAGAUUGUGACUGCACUUAAGUUCCAUAGAGCUUCCAUGAAACAAGCCAAUGAACAACACCCACUCCAAACAUUGGAACCUCCACCACCCCAAAUUCAACCUCCUCAACCUUCCUUACAACAUGCAGAGAAGAUGAAAUCCAGAAGAAACCCUAGAGUACUCCAUCAAUUAGACAACACCACCACCAACUACUCCAAUUAUGUAGCCUACUCUCCACCCCUUGCCUUCCCCCCUCAGACUCAUUUCUCAUGGCCUUCUUCUUCUUCUUCUUCUUCUUCCCCUAUUGAGAACUACAAUUUUUCCCUACCCAAUCAAACCCUAGGCCUAAAUCUCAACCUCCAUGAUUUUACCUACAACAACAACCCAUCAAUCUACUCAUCAUCCUCCUCCUCUUCCUCAUCAUCUUCUUAUUCUCCUCCAACUGCCAUGGAGGAAGCUCCACCAUCAUCUUCCACCAUAUCAGCCGAAGAACCUCCAAUGAUGGAUGAUGGUAGUGACUGUGGUGUGAGGAAGGAAAGUCUUCUCCAUCCGGCCAUGGAUGAUGAGGAGAUGGCAGAGAUCAGAUCCAUUGGAGAGAAGCAUCAGAUGGAAUGGAAUGAUACUUUGAAUUUGAUGACAUCAGCUUGGUGGUUUAAGUUCCUCAAGACCAUGGAGAUCAGCCCAGACCAGGAGAGCAAACAAGAAGAUGGGUUUUACAACCCCUUUGAUGAGAUCAUGGAGUUCCCAUCUUGGUUGAAUGCAAACGCAGAUGAGAACUGCUUCUUGCAACAGAAUUUGGAGUAUUCCCAAGAUCCUGCCUUGCCCUGCAUGGAUAUUGGAGAAAUUGAUGGAAUGGACGCCGAGUGGUUACACUAAGUGGACAAGUGGAGUGGAGAUUGAUUAAUUUUUGUUAUCAACUCUUGGUUUGUUUUCUUCUUCUUUUUUGGGUCCAUUUUUCCCUAUUAAUAAAGGCUUGAUAAGGUGUGAAAUACCACAAGCGGAAGAGGAGAAUAAUGGUAGAAAUGAAACACUUGCCUUUUUCCUUGAGAAUUCCUCAAACCAA